GCUCAGCUUGCCCUGGACGGAGCCAGCGGCGUGGGCGGCAGCUUCGAAGAGACAGAGCUCAGCAUCACCCUCACCCUCCGCAUGCUCAUGCACGGCAAGGAAAUCGGCAGCAUCAUCGGCAAGAAAGGAGAGACUGUUAAGAGGAUACGAGAGCAGAGCAGCGCGCGCAUCACCAUCUCAGAGGGCUCCUGCCCCGAGCGCAUCACCACCAUCACCGGCUCCACCGACGCCGUCUUCCGUGCCGUCUCCAUGAUCGCCUUCAAGCUGGAGGAGGACCUGGGAGCCGGCAGCGAUGGGGCAGCAGCGGGCAGAGCACCGGUGACGCUGCGCCCCGUCAUCUCACCCCGCCCCGGCCAGUGCGGCUCGCUCAUCGGCAAGGCAGGAGCUAAAAUCCGGGAGAUUCGGGAGGGCUUCUCCAUGCAGGGCCAGUAUAGUGGGGUCUCUCCUGCAGAGAUGACGAAGCUGCAGCAGCUGUCAGGGCACACGCUCCCCUUCGCCUCCCUGGGCCACACACCCUCCAUGGUGCCAGGCCUGGACACAAGCUCCCAGAGCAGCUCACAGGAGUUCCUGGUGCCCAACGACCUCAUCGGCUGCAUCAUCGGCCGGCACGGCAGCAAGAUCAGUGAGAUCCGGCAGAUGUCGGGCGCCCACAUCAAGAUCGGGAACCAGACCGAGGGCUCCAGCGAGCGGCACGUGACCAUCACAGGGUCCCCUGUCAGCAUCACCCUGGCUCAGUACCUCAUCACAAACUGCUUAGAGACAGCCAAAUCUACCUCCCAGGCGCUGCCAGGCCCUGGCUCCAUGGACCUCGGCGUGGGCUUCUCCCAGGAAGGGAAGGGUCUUCCCAGCGGCAAUGCCCGCUGGAGGGCUGCUCCACUGACUGCUGUCCGUCUCGGCAGCGCUGUGCCCCCCUCCUCAGUUUUCCUGCACAGGGACCACGUGCCCUGGUACUAG